AUGUUCGGAACUAUCAAAGCUUCUAUUUCUCCAUAUAAAUGUGGAGGGAUAGUAAGAACAAGUAUUCGAAACAAUUCUGUCAAGUCGUAUUUUGAUUUGUUUCCAAAGACUUUCCCUCAUGGAGGUCCUCCCAAUGAAUCAUUCGAAAUUCCUGCCAGACAAUUCAGAAAAGAAUUCAGAACCUUACAAAGUGAAAACCACCCAGAUAUAUUGAUCGGCUCAUCAGCAUUAUCCAAAAAACAAGGGACUUCUGAUUUCUCAUCAUUAUUGAAUAUAGCUUAUUCUACAAUCUCCAAUCCAUAUACUAGAAUCAAUCACAUAAUUGAGAUCUAUCAUCCCCAACAUUUAGAUAUUUCCAAUGAUGAAGUUUCUAAAAAGUUGAUUGAAGAAUAUCAAUCUGAAUCACCUGAAACUUCCUUGGAGUAUAAAGAUUUAUUAAUGACAGUUUUGGAUGCCCAUGAAUCCCUUGAAUUUGCAUCCAACGAAAAUGAGUUGGAUUCAUUAUCAGAAGAAAAUGAUGAGAGGAUUGAACAAACUGAAAAAUACAUCGAUGAACUUUUAUCAUCAUCAGAAUUGGAUUGGCAUAAGAUCAUGCUCGAAGCUAUAAGAUUGAAAUAUUGGGUUAAUAUUCGUAAUGCUAUAAAAGAUUGGGAACCAGGUAAACCUGUUCAUUUAACUCAUUAG